AUUAUGAUUCACUUAAGUUUUAUCUCCUCUCUCAACAGACUAUCUGAGUCUUAGACUAUCUGAGAAAACCUUUUGGAAAAGACGGGCUAUAUGGACCCAACUAACUCUAUCUGGGAGGGGAGAACGCCCUCACAUGGUACAACCCAUGCACAAGCUGCGGUGUAAGGUUUGACCUUCAGAGGACAGGAUGAAUUCUUUGAAAUUGACGCUUUUUGUGUGCCUUUGCUUCAAAGUUAUUCAAACUGAAGCCUCAUCUUGGACAGCUAAGGUGCCAUCCUCAAUUAAAGGUCUCCCUGGAUCUUGUGUGGUCAUCCCCUGUUCAUAUGACCACCCAGAUCCUGGCAAGACAGUCACUGAAUUUAAUGGCAUUUGGACUGAAGCGAGCACAUCUCAGGUCAUCUAUCACCCAGUGGAGUCAAAAAUCGUGGAUCCAUAUCGGCAACGGACAGAGCUCCUGGGAGACAUCAGUCAAAAGAAUUGUUCACUGAAGAUUGAUCCUCUUAAAUCAAGUGACCACGGGCCUUUUGUUUUCAGGAUUGAAAUAAAGAACUAUAACAGUUAUUCCUAUGUAACGAACAAAGUGACCAUUACAAUGAACAAUGAACCAGAUCCAGUCAAUUUCUCUGUGAAGGAGGAGGUAAAGGAGGGUGAAACCGUUUCUGCAUCCUGCUCUGUAACUCACUCCUGCCCUGCCAUUCCUCCUACUUUCACCUGGAGUCACUCUGAGAAAGCACAUGUCCAACAUCAGCAGCUUGAAGGUGGCCAGUGGAAAACAACAUCUACUCUGAGCUUUCACCCUACCAGCGCUGAUCACAAUAAGCCUUUAAAAUGCAAUGUAAAAUACAAGGGAGGGCAGACACAACAGAAGUCCAAGAACCUCAGAGUAAAAUACGCACCACUGAAUGUGAAGGUUCAAUACAAGUCAGAUGUAAAGGAAGGAGAAGUUGUGCAGCUGAAAUGCUCCAGUGAAGCUCACCCUCCAGCCCACAGCUAUGAAUGGCAUAAUGAAACUGGUGCUAAACUGUAUCAGGGAAACGUCUUCAUGCUCAAUGUCUCCAGACGCCACACAGGAGCCGUGUACUGUACUGCCAACAAUACAGAGGGACAAGGCAAAUCAAAACCUGUGCAGUUCAAUAUGUUAUAUGCACCUGAGGUUAAUUCCACAUCUUCCUGUUCCGUAAAUGCAGAUUUGGUGAAGUGUCGGUGCAUUGUGGCGUCCGAGCCUCCCAGCAUGAUUCACUUUUUGCUUUCUGAUAAAAUCCUGCCAAGCACCAAGAUAGAGAAAAAUGGCUCUUUUACCAUCGGGACACUGCAGGCAGAGUUUGGAUCCUAUACAUUUGUCCUGUGUCUGGCGAACAACACACAGGGCAAUGCCACUCUCAUGUUACCUGUGAACAGUAACAUGCAGAGUCUUUAUAUCAUCAUCGCCGUUGGAGUAGGUGUGACUUUAUUGAUCAUUUUAUUAACAGUGGGAGUUGUUAAAAAAUGUAGGGGGCGAUCUGGAGAUGCACCACCAUUGCACAUGAGCACCACGGGGGCACGCAAAGCUGUGGUGCUCCCUGACUAUGCUGUAACAAAAAGAAAAGAGCAGUAUGAUGAUGAUGUACACUGCUCUGCGGUUUAUAUCAAUGAUACCAAUGAUGCUGUAUAUGACAAUGUAGAGACUGGCUACGAUGAUGCAGUAUAUGCCAACAUGUAACCGUUGAAUUCACGAGAGGAACAGCUGCAUUCCCUCUGCAUGUUGUCUACCUGAUGUGAGUCAAGAAAAUUAUGUAAAAAAGAAAAAAAAAAAGCUAUUUUCUGUAUAUAUGUGUUAUUUAAAAAAAAAUCAACUCAGUUUUAUUUAUAUAGCAUCAAAUCAUGACAAAGGUUAUCUCAGGACAAAGCAGGUCAAGACUGUGCUCUUUAAAAUAUUAUUAUUUUCUGUCUCUUGUAAUUCAUGCUUUGUCUGAUCAACAGUAUUACAGUAUAUGUGUUGUAUGUGAAAAAUUAAAGUAUUUUAAUAAUGUACUUACAAAUUAGUUUGACAACUCUUAAUUGUUACAGUAUAAAUCAUCCAGUACCACAUAUUGCACACGUUAUGGCCUGUCUUAUAUUUUCUCCUUCUGAGAGUGACAAAUAAGAUCAUAGCUGUCAUGCUUAGUUCCUCCUGAAUAACACAAGGUGUUGACCUUUUUGUACUCCAACUGGGUUAUUGUGCAUAACAACACAGAUGGAUUGAACAUAAUACACAUGCACUUACCUCAUAAAAGAGUACCAGUCAAAUUUGUGGAAGAAUAAUUUUUAUUCUUUAUAAACUUGCUUGAGUUUAAGAAAUACUGCACUGUACAUCUGUAUGUAUGUAUCAACAGUUCAUUAACCUUCAUAGAUUGUAUUCACUCAUUCAUAACCUAAAACAAUAAAAAGUAUUCUGUA